AGAUUUUAUUGUGGUGGGUUUGACAUCCGCUGGCUGGUUGAGUAGGGUUUGACAGUAGCUUGCUGUUGUAUCGUAUGUCAGUUCGAAUACUCAGUAAGUUACUCUAAGGUUGAUAAGUAGCUUAAGUGACAGUAGUAAAAUUUACUAGACGACAUUUUACUCCUAACCGUCCCUAUGGCGUCUGUUCAGCGUUUGGCGUCUGGGUUCUCUCUGGACCUGGGGCCACUGAAAGAACCUCUCGGAUUUAUUCGUGUCUUAGAAUGGGUCUUUGCUAUCUUUGCAUUUGCCACCACCGGAGGUUACUCUGGAAAAACCACCAUAAAGGUCACCUGUCCACCACCAUUAAGUUCAUCUGAUGUCACAGCUGUGUUUGGCUACCCAUUCAGAUUGGGAGCGCAUCCAUUUCAUAUUACUAUUUGUAACGGCUCUCAAAUCACCAGCCACCUCCAGGGCGACUUCUCCUCCUCUGCGGAGUUCUAUGUCUGCGUUGGUGUGUUUGGGUUCCUUUACUGCACCGCUACCCUGAUCCUCUACUUGUGCUACCAGAGUGUCUACCGUCAGACCAGCCGCGGCCCCAUCAUUGACCUGGUGGUGACUGUGCUCUUUGCCUUCCUGUGGCUCCUGUCCUCCUCAGCUUGGGGCAAAGGUCUGACUGAUGUCAAGUGGGCCACCGACCCCAACAACGUAGCAUCGAUAUGUGAUGAUUGUAAAGCCGGAGAGUUUCCGUCCAUGGGUCGCCUGAAUGCUUCAGUGAUUUUUGGCUUUCUCAACUUGAUCCUGUGGGCAGGAAACUGCUGGUUUAUUUACAAGGAGACCCGUUUCCACAAAGACCCCAGCCAAGCAGCCACGGUGGAGGAAGGCGGCGCCCCAGGGCCGUAACCCCGUCCUCAGCAGCCUUAAGCUCCAGCCGGCUCUUAUGUUAGCCUGCUGAAAUGGAAACAAAGGAAGGCCGACCGCCAUUUAUUUUCUGUUCAGCCCCACCACGUAGCUUAAGGUUUGACUUCUCUCCAAACAGCUCUUGAUGUCAAGUCGUUAAAAACACUAAGUGCAGACCCAAACUUUAAAUGCUUUCACACUGUAUAACCUGGAACUUCCAGUUGGUUCGAUUUGGUUGAAAUAUGCAACUUUAUGGAUUUCGGUGAAGCUGACUAAACCAGACAACCAAUGCUCUAAACUGCUGAGACACACUAAAAAAAAUGUAGGUUUUUUUGUAUGUCUUUUUUUUUAUAUAUAUAUAUAUAUGUUUUUUUGUUUUUUUUAGAACAUCAGCUGUAUGUUUUACGCCAAAGUUCUUUUUUUUUUUUUUAUUUCAGUCGAGAAAGCAAAACUUUCUAAAGUGUCUUUGGAACAAUUUUCUGUUUUUAUUGUUUGUUUUCUGUUGAACUCCAGAUCCAGGCAGACUGGACUGGUUUCCAUGAGCUCACAGUGGAGGUGAAGCAUCAGGGCAAACUGGGUUUAUUUCCUGUAAUGUAAUGUUGAACCUGUUCAGUAACACUAACAGUCAUCUUCAUUUGAACCAAAAUGUGCCUUACUGUGAUAUUAUUUAUAUGCAGUUCAUGUGAAUUUUUGUCAACACUAAUCAGGUUGCUGCACUUUUUUUUAAAGUUUCCUUUCUAUUUUCUCUGAAGAAAAAAGUUCCGUAGGCAGCUUCUCUGUGACUACUUUUAUUUCCUUCUCCUCUUUUUUUUUUUUUUUCAGUCCAGUUUAAAUCCUCGGCUAGGUAUGUUUAGUCUAAUUGUCAGAUUUAAAAUCCCAAACAUGCUUGACAGGCAAAGGUCAGUAUCUCUUUAAGUGGCCAGCUAUGAACUGUAAAAUGUUUGUAACCAGACAGGCACAGCCAUCAAUAAUGUUUCGGUUUCUGAUUCUUGACGGAAUAAAUUCUUGCAUUGUACCAGGAAUGAAUGUACCUGUGCGGAGGGAAUAUUGGUUGACAUGUUUUAAACACUACCAAGGGCAAUAUGUCAUAUUGAAAAUGAUUGAUUUAUACCCUCAGCAUCAGUUUUAACAAUUUACUCAGACAUAAUGAUGUAUUGUAUGUUCGUCUAUAGGAUUAUUGACAAUGAAACGUAAUGUUUUUAUGCCUCAUUUGUGCAGAAGGAAGCACUUGUUUUUCUGUAUUGACACAAUAAAUACGAGAGCUGCGCGACUG